UCGGAUGUCAAACAAAUGAAAAAGGAUAUAGGUUAUAUUAUUGCGAAGAAUUUUGUUUUAAAUCAAUAAUAAUGUUAAUCGCUAUAAGAAAUACUAUUAGGGCAACAACGAAUUCAGUUAUACGUUCAAUUUACACAACAACUCCACAAGCGACAGAAAAAUUUGAUCAUAAAAGAAUACCUGCAGAUGAUGAGGGUGUUCAAGGAGAGAAAAUUAUCGACUUGGACUCUGUCUUAAAAUUGAAACAAAAUUUAUUCCCCACAUUGGAAUCAGACAACUAUUUAUUUGAUGGUGUUCCAUACAAGAAUCUUCCAAUAUGCAAUGUCAGAGUUACCCACAACAACACAAUUUUCACUGUAACGGACUCUGUUGGUUCUGUUAAACUCACCAGAUCUUGUGGUAUGGAAGGUUUCAAGAACACAAAAAAAGGUACAAACAUCGCCGCACAAACUACCGCCAUCAGUAUCGCUACAAAAGCAAUAAAUAAGGGAUACAAAACUAUUAGAGUGCGAGUCAGAGGCUUAGGACCUGGGAGAUUGUCUGCUGUAAAGGGUCUUCAAAUGGGUGGCCUAGACAUUGUGUCUGUGACUGACAAUACACGAGUGUCCUGGAAUCCUCCAAGACCCAGAAAAGCCAAAAGAUUGUAGUUAUUUAUAAAAUUAUGUAGUAUUAAAUUAUAGAAACAAAUGUUUAA